AUGUCAAAUCAGUUAUCAGAAAACCUCGAUAAUUCACAAGUUUCUCUUUAUGCUCACGUUUAUGAUAAACGUAUAGAAUUCAGAAAUGUGGAUGGGACUUCGGAGUUAAAUGUAAAACAGUAUAAAUUUUAUAAUGGUUGCGUUGUAGUUGAGUUCCUGGAUCAUCGGAGUGAACCAAAAUGCAAUGGCAAGAGGUCAAUGUUGAGGCAUAAUCAAUCAUCCAUCUGGGAUGAAAUUCUGCGUUUAAACCAAGAAACGGAUGGCUCAUGGACUCAUGAACAAGCCAUUCAGCUUGCAUUGUAUCCGCAACUUGACUUGGACCUUGAUCCAAUGCUGCGUCGUGAUCAAGCGGCAAAUGAUACAUACAUCAAACCUACACAUAGAAAAUUGAAAAAGAAAAAACGAAAACUUAAUUCGUAUGAAGUUGAAUUGGAGGAUGCUAAACGUGUCAAACUUGAAAAGAUGAUGUUUAUGAUGGACGAUCGUGUUGGCAAAGAAUUCGUUCCAAAGUAUAAUCAAAUAAAGUACUUCCGCAGUAAAGAGAAUGGAAUAACUGAAACUAAUCAGCAUUUAGCUGGUAAAGGGAAAAAUAGGGCUGAAUUAGAAUCCUCUUCUGAACAAGGAAAAUAUAUUAUCAAUCAUGUUUAA